UAAACCUAUUCGGCGAUGAUGAUGACUUGAAAAAUAGUCGUCCGUAAAUAAAUAAACAAAAUGGCGGCGCCCAUGGACAGAAUUAUAUUGCAAAGUGAUUUUGACGAGGUUUUAAGGGAACAUAAUGGGAAAGUUUGGGUCAGCUUCAAGUGUUCUGGUAGAGAGACAGUUCAUGGACAACUUGAAUCUCAUGGGAUUUCAGGAGAUGGUGUGCCAUAUGUCAUGCCCUCUGAAGGAUUUAAUGUGCUCAAAGUUUCACAGAGAAGUAUCGAGGUCAGUUACACGCAGGACGAAACUUGUUGUAGCAGACAGUUUGUGGCACCAACUAAGACAUUUAACAACAUACACAGUGAACGGAAAUCGAUACAUUGUCUAGAUGUCACAGCAGGGGGUCUGGGUGUGUCCAGUGAUUCAGAGGGUAAACUAAAGGUCUGGGAAACACAGACAGGUGAUGUCAGGAGAGAUUUAGAAGGUCACUAUGGAGAUGUAUAUACAUGUAGAUUUUUCCCCUCCGGUGUUGUUAUACUGACCGGCGGUGCUGACAUGCAAUUAAAGAUAUGGUCUGCUGAGACGGGAAAAUGUGCCGCAACCUUGAAGGGUCAUCUAGCAGGUAUUCUCGAUACAGCCAUAAUUGACCGUGGCAGAAAUAUUUUGUCGUGUGGUAGAGACGGUACAGUACGACUGUGGGAUUGUGGGUCACAGACGUGCCUCGGUACAAUAGAGUGUGGGGCUGGGAAUGUUAACUGUUGCACCCUACAGAACACAGAAUCCAACAUUGACCUAGGAACACCUACAGACACACCUAGUGAGAAAGAAGUAGGAACGGAGGGUAAAUUAUUACUAGUUGGAUGUGAGAAAGGAGUUUUACAGGGCUAUGGUUUACAGAGUAGGACAAAGGUUUUUGACCUAGAUUGCCAUGGUGAUGUAAACAGCUGUUGUUUUUUGUCAGAUACUUGUAUUGCUUGUGGAACCCAAGAAGGCUAUAUCACAGUUUCUGAUAUCAGAAAUAUACGUGUUCCAUUAAAGGAAUGGAAAGAGAGUCGUAAUGUUAUAUUAUCCCUACUACCUUACAAAGGAGGAUUUUUCUCAAGCACAGGUGACGGAUCUUGUUUCUAUGUGAACCAGAAUUAUGAAACACUAGUAGAAUUAUCAGGGUCAGAUUGUGACCCCUUGUAUAAAACUGUAUCAGACGGACAUUAUGUGUACAGUGCUUGUAGAGACAGUCUCAUCAGGAAAUAUAGCAUAGCUCACAUGAUUGUGUAAAUAAUAUACAUGGAUUUAACUCAAUACACGACUGGUGUAAAUUUAACACAAUACACGACUGGUGUAAAUUUAACUCAAUACACGACUGGUGUAAAUAAUAUACAUGGAUUUGACUCAGUACAGGAUUGGUGCCGCACAAAAUAGACAAAUAUCAUUUUAUUGCCGAUUUUGACAUUUUUCAUUCAUUAUCGUGUAGUGAUGAAUUAAGACAUUUUAAGGUUCAUUCUGUUAACAUUUAAUCAUUUCAAGGGCCUUGUCCACUAUAUACCAGAAUACUUUAUUUAGUGUGGUGCUCCAAUCCUUUUUUUUUGGUCUCUCUCAAUAUACUAUAUAUAUAUGUUCUUUUUUUUAAAAUAUGACCAUCGGGAGAGUUAACUUUUGAUUUACCCUAAUCUUGCUGGGAAAACCAGUUGAUUUCAAGAAGUCAGUAAGAUAAGGGUGAACAGGAGACUACAAAGACAUCUUUUCUAUAAAUGAGCCGCGCCAUGACAAAACCAACAGGAUGGGUUUGCGACCAGCAUGGAUCCAGACCAGCCUGCGCAUCCGCGCAGUCUGAUCAGGAUCCAUGCUGUUCGCUAUUAGUUUCUCUACUUGUUAAAGUUUUUGUAAGCGAACAGUAUGGAUCUUGAUCACAUUGUGUGGAUGCGCAGGCUGGCCUGGAUCCAUGCUGGUCGUAAACCCAUUAUGUUGGUUUUGUCAUGGCGCGGCUCAUAUAGUGUUCAUUGCAGGAGGUUAUGCCCUCAUGUGUAACUUAUUACUGAUCAUUGCAUACCAUUUUCUACUUAUAGAAUGAUGUAAAUACUAUCAUGAAAGAUUUGAAUGUUAUUGUAUGUUAUUUUUGUUAAAUUUCUCAGAAUAAUAAAUUAUUUACACACA